CGAAGAUGAAUCUGGACGCGAUGGUCGUGCGCCGGGCGCGAGGAGAGCCGCUGCAGUAUAUCCUCGGAACGCAGCCGUUUGGGUCGCUCGACAUCUUGACUCGGCCGCCGGUCCUCAUUCCGAGGCCAGAGACCGAAUUCUGGACGAUCAAACUGUCCGAGAUCCUCGUCCCUCCAGCAGGCCGCCGCGUCUCGCUAUUGGACCUUUGUACAGGUUCCGGCUGUAUACCGCUCCUUCUUUGCCGCCUCUGGCCGUCUGGAAGCGUUCGUGCGGUCGGGCUGGAUAUCUCCCAUGAAGCCGUGCAGCUUGCAAGUGAUAAUGCACUUGCAGCGGGUAUCCCGGCUGCCUCUGACGCUGCUAACAGCGGCGAGAAUACGUUUACGCCUGUUCUAGGAGACAUCUUUGCUUCCGCAACGUGGACCUCGCCGCUUCUGCAGGCUCCGUUUGACGUUAUCACGUCCAACCCGCCUUAUAUAUCAAGGGAAGAUUACGGUAAAUUAUCCCUCUCGGUCAAGGACUACGAGGAUCCUCGUGCUCUAUUAGGCGACCUUCCGGAUUCAGAGGAGCAGCGCGGCCUGUCCUUCUAUCAUCGCAUUGCGCAACUAAUUUCGGACAAGCGGUUACUCAAGCCGGGUGGGCUCCUCGCCUUCGAAGUGGGAGAAAAGCAGGCAGGCGACGUUCGGAGAAUCGUCCAAGAUAAAGCAGGUAUACGAGAUGCCGAAAUAUGGCGGGACCCAUGGGGAAAAGAGCGUGUGGUAAUAGGCCGCUCAUGAUAAUGACUUGUGUUACUCUUCAAAUUCUGAAUGCUAUUCCAGGCUCACACAAAAAUAUGCUGUCUAUUUAUGCCCCUCUGCUCGAGCGUACGGCGUCCACCGAGUAUCUGAAUAAACCCUAACCCGA